AGAUUAUUCCGCCUAAUAUAUACUCUGCUAAUGUCCAACUGCUAAUGUCCAACGCACAUCUGUUUAAUAAACUACACUGCCCUGAUUUCUAAGCUCUACAUUUCUCUUGUUGUUGCAACUUUUCGCGCAUGGAGAAUCUGAACUCUAACUACUACUUAGCUAUCUUGCUAUGUUUUGUUAGUAUAUUUUUAUUGAAACAUUUGCUUCAUCCCAGAAAACGUUUACCACCUAGUCCUCUGUCUCUUCCAAUAAUAGGCCAUCUUUACCUUAUAAAAAAUUCACUUCACCACACAUUAACCUCCUUAUCAACUAAAUAUGGCCCUGUUUUAUAUCUCCGGUUUGGCUGCCGAAAUAUUCUUGUUGUAUCAUCUCCAUCUGCAGUGGAAGAAUGCUUUACAAAGAACGAUAUCAUAUUUGCAAAUCGUCCUCAAAGUAUGGAUGGAGAUAAGUUUUCCUUCAAUUAUACAGCCGUUGUUUGGGCUCCCUACGGCUAUCUCUGGAGGGCUAUUCGCCGUUUAACUGUAAUUGAAAUCUUCUCUUCCAAUAGCUUAAAUAAGUCUUCUGCUAUGCGAAAUGAAGAAAUUGGAAUUCUUAUUCGCGGUUUGUUUAAAGCUACCAAUAAGAAUGGCAGUACUGGUGAAAGAAUUAACUUGAGUAGUUGGGCUUUUACUUUUGCAUUCAAUGUUAUGAUGAGAACUGGUACUGGGAAACCUUGCGUAAGUAAGGAAGAUAUAGGAACAGAGAAAGGUAAACAGAUCAUUGAAGAGGUAAGGGGAUUUUUCUUCUCGACCUUGUUGAUUAUGAACGUGUGUGAUUUCAUGCCAGUGUUGAAAUGGUUUGGGUACAAAGGGAUUGAGAAAAGGUUGGUUUCAGCUCACAAAAAGAGAAAUGAAUUCUUGAAUAGUUUGUUUAGCGAAUUUCGAGAGAAGAAAGUUAUUAGUGUUUCAGAGUCAAGUACUAGGGAAAAGAAGAGCACACUGGUUGAAACUCUAUUUUCUCUGCAAGAAUCCAAACCCGAAUUCUACACGGAUGAUCUCAUUAAAAGUGUUCUAGUGGUUUUGUUUGUUGCGGGGACAGAGACCACAUCGAUGACCAUCCAGUGGGCUAUGCGACUUCUUUUAGCUCACCCUGAGGCAUUUUACAAGCUGAGAGCUGAAAUUGACAGCAAAGUGGGGAACGAGCGCCUGCUAAGCGAAUCUGAUCUCACUAAACUUCCUUAUUUGCAAUGUGUUAUUAAUGAGACGUUGAGGCUGUACCCUCCAGUACCGCUUCUUUUGCCUCAUUACUCAUUAGAAGAUUGUACUGUUGGUGGCUAUCAUGUACCAAAACACACAAUCCUAAUGGUAAACACUUGGGCCAUCCAUAGGAACCCGAACUUAUGGGACGAGCCUGAAAAGUUCAAACCGGAGAGAUUUGAGGCUAUGGAAGGGGAAAAAGAAGGGUUCAGUUAUAAUUUUGUGCCAUUUGGAAUGGGGAGAAGAGCAUGCCCCGGUGCCGCGAUGGGCUUACGCAGUGUUUCAUUGGUUUUAGGUUCGUUGGUUCAGUGGUUUGAUUGGAAAAGUUUGGAAUUAAAGGAAAAUUUGGAUGCAUGCUAUGAUUCUAGAAUCACUUUGAACAAGCACAUGCCCUUGGAAGCUAUUUGCAUUCCGCGCCAGACCUGUAUUCACUUCCUCGAUCAGCUCUGAGUCUAUUCAUCAUAUAGAUCUCCUCCUGUUUAUCUAUGUUUUUUAAAAUUUACCUUUGUGUUCUAAGGGAAUGUUAAUAAAUAAGAUAUGAGUUUCAUGACAAGGUGGAAAUGAAACAUGAAACAUUGCUUAAGCUG